CGUGGCGUUCAUCGAGGGGUUAAGGAGUAAUCGGAGACCAGGCAGAGGACACGCGGAGGGGGGAAACAAGACGCCAAUCGUAUGCCCUAAACGCGUGCCAGGUGGUUGUCGGUCGGUCCACCCAUCAAUAAAUCAAUCAAACAGCACCGAGCGCGGGGAACGAGAGAAGGACACAGAGGUAGCCGAGAGUAGAGACGCGUGUGCCACGUGUCCUCGGCCGACUAUCAAUCAAGCGAACGGCACCGACCGCGGCGGAGCGGUUUGUCGGCGGAGCAAUCGAUCACCGAGUACGGAUAACCAACCAGAGAAGGCGGUCACACAGACAGCAGCCACCGCGAGACGCGUGCCACGUGGCGAGUCAUCAUGGCGCAGCAAUCAGUGCAGCGGAAGCGUUCUAGGAACAUGGUAGACGAAGAGGUGCUUGCGGGCGCGCCCGCAAAGAGAAGGAGGCUUCUUCCUCCUCCUCCUCCUCCACCGCCGAUCAUGGCUAUGGCGGCGGCGAUGAAGAAAGUGGCUACGGAGGCGGGGGAGGACGACGGACAAUCAAAUCCCUCUCAAGAACGAAAGGCGGUGGUAUCGAAGGCACAUGUUCCGUCAUCAACCAAACGCUGCCACGUGUCGCAGCGUGAAUCUUGUUCUUGUUGUUACGUCCAACCGGAUCUCCGUCGCUCUCGUCGUCGUCGGUACGAUGAUGACGUCAGCAGUACCAUGAUGUUCAACGACGAGGAAUCCCGACCAGACUGGUCGGGAUUCAUACACGAGGGACUUGUGCGCAUUUUUUCCUUCCUCCCCGUCAAGGACAGAUUCCGCGCGGGGGCGGUGUGCAAGAAUUGGCGCGCAGCGAGUCUCGACCCGGGGUGCUGGACGGAAGCGAUCCUUGAUUACGACGAUGAGAUCCCCACGGCGACGGCGGCGGCAAGAUUGGAUCGCGACUCGUCGUCCAAGUGCCUUGCUCCGCUCCUGCAAGCCGUCAUCCAACGCAGCAAAGGUCGCCUGCGGAAACUGUCCAUGACUGAUUGCGACCUGACAUUCUUAGAUAGCAUUACACUUGGCGGCUGCCCUCUUCUAGAGGAGCUUCGCUUUGCUCGCACAUUCCUCUGUCCUGACACCCUCUCUCUCUCCGGCUUGCCUCGGCUUCGAUCUCUCGACCUACGGAACACCAUAGCCUUUCGUGAUUUCGACUGGCAUGAGCACCUCGAAGAUGUCGGCGAAGUCGGCGAUGAAGUCGGCCAAGUCGCCGGCGAAGUGGGCCACGUGGACGGAGUAGGAGAAGUCGGCGACGGCGCCGGCGGCGGCGGCGGCGGAGGAGGAGGAGGACAUGGAAGAGAGGUAGGAAGAAGGAGGAAGAUCGUGUAUAGGAGAAGAGACCUGGUCCAGGCUGUGGUAGAAGAUUGCCCGAAUCUGGUCUCCUUGCUGCUUGAUGGUGUAAUCAUGGGGGUAUCAGAUGCAGACAUGCGGGUGAUAAUGGAGGGGUUGCCGAACCUGGAAAGAUUAGGAAUGGCAGGGGGAAUAGUCUCCGACUACAGCUUGGAGAUAUUGGAACAGAAUCCCAAGUAUUUGGCGCAGCUGAGGUUGUUGUGCCUUGAUAAUUGCACACAGAUAACAAAAGAGGGAGUGGAGCGCUUGCAAGCGGCGCGAAAACAUCUGCAGAUCUCGGCGAAGAAUAUCGCCUCCUGCGGGUAUAAUCACAACAUUCGCAGCGUAUGCAACAGCAGGGGUGCACGAAGGGACAGGAGGAGGAAGGAAAGGAGGAGGGAGAGGAGGAGGAGGAGGACCAGGACAGUUUGAAGUAAUAAGGAGCAGGACGAGGAGGAGAGGUCGAAGUGACAGUGACGAGGAGGAGGAGGAGGAGGAGGAGGAGGAGGAGGAGAGAGUGUGAAGGGAAGUGAAUUUGAACAAGGUUGUAAACUAUGAUAGGAGUGAUGAGGCAACCAAUCAAUCGAUCAAUCAAUCAGUUGAUUAAGCACUUAGUCGGUCAAUCAAUCAAUCAACCGGUCGAUCGAUCGAUCAAUCAAUCAAUCUUUCAAUGAGUCAAUCAGUCAAUCAAUCAAUCGGUAGAUUAAUUAAUAAGUCAAUCAAUUAAUCGGUAGAUUAAUGAAUCAAUCAAUCGGUUAAUCAAUCAAUCAAUCAAUCGGUCAAUCAAUCAACCGGUCAAUCAAUCAAUCGGUCAAUCAAUCAACGGGUCAAUCAAUCAAUCGGCCAUAUAAUCGAUCAAUCAAUCGGAACGGUCGAUUGAUCAGUCAUGAUGAAUUGGCGAGUGAAUAUUAAACUUAGAAGGCUCAAAGAGUUGACUUCGAUCAAUAAAUCGGAUUUAAUUGAGGAAUCAAUCGAUCAAUUAAUGAGCCAAUUAAUCAAUCAAUCGGUCGAUC